AUGUCUCUCUGGCGUUUUUUGGGACUCGCCAGCUUAGCCGGCUCGGCCAUCGCAGCGACUCCGGCACAAUGGCGUACUCGAUCUAUCUACUUUAUGCUUACUGAUCGGUUUGCACGCACCGAUAACUCGAUAACUGCUACUUGCGACACGGAUGUUGGGAUAUAUUGUGGCGGGACUUGGCAGGGAAUCAUCAACCAGUUGGAUUAUAUCCAAGGAAUGGGGUUCACUGCCAUCUGGAUCACACCGGUCACCGAGCAACUCUCCCAACAUACGGCGGACGGGGAGGCAUACCACGGGUACUGGCAACAGGACAUUUAUUCCGUCAACUCCAACUACGGCACCGCCGAUAAUCUCAAAUCUCUUGCUUCAGCUCUCCAUGAUCGCAACAUGUAUCUCAUGGUCGAUGUUGUGACCAACCACAUGGGCUAUGCAGGGGCUGGAAAUACGGUGGAUUAUAGCGUCUUCAACCCGUUUGAUUCAGAGGAUUACUUCCACUCCUACUGCGAGAUUGCCGACUACAGUAACUUGACUAUGGUGGAGAAGUGCUGGGAAGGAGAUACGACUGUAUCUUUGCCUGAUCUCAACACUGAAUCUACCACCGUGCAAAAUAUCUGGAACAACUGGAUCACGGACCUCGUUUCCAAUUACUCUAUCGACGGUCUGCGCAUAGACUCGGUCAUGGAAGUCCAGAAAGAUUUCUGGGCCGGUUUCGAAACUGCCGCCGGCGUCUAUUGUGUGGGUGAGGUGGACAACGGCGAUCCGACCCUAGUCUGCCCGUACCAAGAAGUCAUGGAUGGUGUUCUCGACUACCCAAUGUACUACCCUCUUCUUCGAGCCUUCGAAUCAACUAGUGGAAGCAUCAGUGCUCUCUACGACAUGAUCAACACUGUGAAACCCGACUGCUCCGAUUCAACGCUUCUAGGAACUUUCAUUGAGAACCACGAUAACCCCCGCUUUGCCUCGUACACGGAAGACAUGUCUUUGGCCAAGAACGUCGCCACUUUCACCAUCAUGUCGGAUGGUAUACCGAUCAUAUAUGCUGGACAAGAACAACACUAUAACGGCGGGGGUGAUCCCUAUAAUCGUGAAGCUGUUUGGCUGUCGGGUUACAAUACCAGUAGCGAGUUGUAUACGCUCAUUGCGCAAGCGAAUGCUAUUCGAAAUAAGGCCAUCUACCAGGCAGAGGAUUACAUCACUUACAAGAAUUACCCAAUCUACCAAGAUGAUAAUACCUUGGCAAUGCGUAAGGGCUAUGACGGCACGCAAACCAUCACCGUUCUUUCUAAUGCCGGCGAGGGUGGAAGCAAAUACACACUCUCCCUGUCCGGUACGGGCUUUGUGGCUGGCUUGGCUGUUACUGAGAUCUUCACCUGUUCAAGUCUUACUGUUGACGAUAGUGGUGUAGUUGCUGUUCCUAUGAGUGGCGGAGAGCCUCGGAUCCUGUACCCUAGUUCCGAGCUCAGUGGAUCCACUCUUUGCUCGUAG